UCAACCCCGCGCCACCUAACCAACACAACAAUCUUACACGCGCUAUAACGCGCGCGUGACUAAAGGCUCAUGCUACUGAAAUUUUCGAAGUCUUCAAUGGCUCAAUCCACUUUCCUUCCGGCAAAGCGCCUUUCGGUGCAUUUAAACGGCGUCGUUCUCACUCUGCUUCUUCUCCCACGAAUCCACGAUCUGAUCGCUGCAUAUUCAUCAUCCAUCACAGUCAUGCAAUCUUACUCUCUCUCUACCCUUAGUUUUCUUCUCCCCCGCCACCGCCUCUCUUUUUCGUCACCAUUCCGCUUUCCAUCUGAUUCUCGCCGCUUCCGCUCCUGCUCUCUCAAGUUAUUAAAUGUUCGAAUAAAUGGACACGAGUCGCGGCGGAGGCUUCUCCGAAUUAGGGCCAUGGACGAGGGUUUUAUGGAUAUUUCUUCACUUGAUGAUUGGGGAGACAAUGAGGGGAUUGCUGGGAACAUGUUACCAUCAAGUGACAGUGAAGAUAGUGAUGGAGAAAUCAUAAUAAAUCCAGUUUCUGAUAUUGAUUUGGCUACCAGUAAUGAGCGGUUGGUUUCAUCUAAUGAUGCCUUAACAAUGGCUGCUCACCGGUUCGCAAUGAUUGGGAAAGGACGCAAGAAAAACAGGAUUAAGUAUGGAAUUUUAGUAAAUGCUGGACUGAUAACCUUCUUGACGAUGCUUCUUUUACUUGUGGAUUCUUGUGCAUGGCGUAUUGUUAGACUACCUUUAGAACCAUUUUACUUGACCCGCCCCUUUUUUAUAUCCACAGUUUUAGUGUCUGGUGUGGGCUAUAUUUGUGUGCCACUACUUCAUGGUUUAAAGAUGCACCAACUCCUUAGGAAAGAAGGGCCUGUUAGGCAUUCCUCUAAAAGAAGAACACCCACGAUGGGUGGCUUGUUUUUUGUUCCAAUUGGUAUAGUUGUUGCAAAGAGCAUGUGCUUUUCUUCUAUUGAAGUUUCCGGGGUGGCAACUGCUACUCUGGCAUUUGCUGCAAUUGGCCUAUUCGAUGACGUCUUAAGCCAUGUCAAGAAUCACAAUAGUGGUUUAUCCGCAUGGAUAAGAAUUUUGCUAGAGGUAGCUGCUGGGACAUGGUUUUCAUUCUGGUUGGAUACCACAAAUAUGUCAUCACCCUACUGCAUGAAAAUGUUGAUUCCUCUGCCUGCUCCACUGGGCCUUGUGUGCCUGGGAAAAUGUUAUCUUUUCUUGACUACAUUUUGUUUUGUUUCCAUGGGAAAUGGAGUUAACUUAACAGAUGGCCUUGAUGGGCUGGCUGGAGGGACUGCUGCAUUGGCUUUUAUAGGAAUGUCUAUCUCAGUGCUUCCAAUAUGUCCUGACCUUGCUGUAUUUGGAGCAUCAAUGGCAGGAGCCUGUUUUGGUUUCCUUUUGCACAACCGCUACAAGGCAUCUGUUUUUAUGGGUGAUACUGGAUCCUUGGCACUAGGUGGAGCAUUAGCAGCAAUGGCUGCUUGUACAGGAAUGUUCUUUCCAUUAUUCAUUUCAUCUGGAAUCUUUGUCCUGGAAACAGUAUCAGUUAUCAUGCAGGUAUCCUACUUCAAGACCACCAAAUUCUUCCAGGGAGCUGGCCGCCGCUUGUUCCGGAUGGCGCCGUUUCAUCACCACCUUGAAUUAUGUGGACUCAAAGAACCAAUCAUUGUUGCAGGGGCAUAUGUUAUAUCAUGUUGGUUGGCCGUAGUUGCUGGAUAUGUGGGUCUUAUUUCAGCCUAACUUCCAGAAGCAUGUAUACUCUUCUCCUUCUUUUAGGACCACAUAGGCUAUAGUUUUAUACUUUCCUUUCUUACUUUUGAUCUAAAAAUUAUUCUUUUUCCAGCUAAUAUUCUUUAUUAGUUGCUUUAGAUGAUGUGCAAGAGAGGCAAUAAAAUUCAUGUAAAUAACUGGUGUUUAUGCCAUUUUUGACCAGAAGUUAUACCAAUUGUAUGAAACUCCAAGCAUAAGUACAAAAGUAUCUUUUCUAUUGCAA